ACGGCAAGUCGCAUCGAACGCCGCAGCGCCAAGACUUUCUCGUCUCAGGAUUUCAGAGUCCAGCGCGACAAUCGCAGUCGAUUUCCCAGCUCAAGUGAUCUCACAAGAUAGAGUGAGACGAUCCAGUUGUGCGCGGAGUGUUGUGGUUUAGCAGCCAAAUAAGGGUUCUCGUCAGUGCACAUUUCCGAUAUUUUACACCUGUCCACCUUUUUGUGCGCGCCUCGUAGUUGGAAAAGUUUAAAGAGCGGAAGGUGGCUAUUGGUGCGUGACACUGUAUUCAGAGUUUUCACAAAAAUAACCGACAAAAGUAACAAUAAAAGUGCUCAAAUGUUUGUUGAAUCAAUAAUUUCUUGUCGUGCCACAUAAUGUGAAUUGGCCAGAUACGCUUUUCCGAAAAACCCUCUCUUGUGUUGUUGUUCACGACCCGAUCGCCAUGGUGACGCUGAGGAACUGAAAGGCGAGAGGAGCGAGAAAAAAAGAGGUGUAUUGGCAAAUUAGAAAACUCGAGACACACUGUGGCGUUUUGCAGUUAGAAAAUAAUCUUCAAGUGCGUAUUUGGAAAGGCUUGACUUGAGUUGCAAAAUGGCAAGAGCAGCAUUGAUAGUACUUCUCGCAGUGAUAAACACUUGGCCGUGUCUCGCUGUGACCAUCACCAAGUCGGCCUAUCGAGAUGUUGUGGUGGAGAUUGAGGACUCCGUUCCUCGCGAGCAGUGCGUCACAAUUCUCACGGAAUUGGAGGCUUCCUUGGCGUCUGCGUCACAGUUUCUCUUCUCGGCACUCGAUGGACGAGCAUAUUUCGGCGAUAUCACCGUCAUGAUCCCCAGCACGUGGCCAGACGUCUGCCUCCCGCCAAAUCGCACCACGGCGCCCUCCAGCGGCGAGCGCAGCGACAUCACCGUCACGUCGAUCCAUCCGAUACACAGCGAAGCAGUCUGGACACUCCAGUCCGGCGGAUGCGGCGAAGCGGGAGAGCAAAUCUUCAUGAGCUACACCGGACUCAAUCGCGAGUCCUUUGGGAAGGAGUUCGUGCGUGAGUGGGCAAAGUUCCGCUACGGUGUGUUCGAUGAGAGGGGCUUUGCCAGAGAUCCCGUCUACCCCAAAUGUUUCAUGACGGACAAACGCCAUGUCACCGGAUGCUCAGACUCACCGAUUGAUCCUGAAGGCAUCUGCGAGGACAAUCUCACCAACUACAACACAACCACUGCUGUCGAUCCCAGUGCACGCACGAGUCUAAUGUAUGCCGCCGAAGCGCCAAGCGUCGUGAUGUUCUGCGAUGAAGGAAACCACAACCGAUUCGCUCCGACCAAGCACAAUCAUCUCUGCGGUCGCCAGAGCACUCUCGAGGUCAUCCUCAAGCAUGCUGACUUCACGGGAAGCAACAUUGUGUCCGUCACGUCUCCCUCCUCAAUCGUCAACACUCAUCCCACCUUCAAUUACAAGAAGCGCACAACAACGCGCUACGUCAUCGUGAUCGACGAGACGCAGGAUAUGCAGAUCAGAGAGUCCUGGAGUUUCCUCAGGAACGCCAUCCGCAAGUGGGUUGUUUACGAUCUACCACGCAAUACCGAGGUUGGUGUGGUUUUGGCGAACGACACUGCUGCUGAUAAGGUCCUGCCCAUCUCGUCCCUGAUGGUGCCUAAGACUAGAGAUCUAGUUGCCUCCUUCAUUCCCUACUCGCCUAACGAUUCGCGGCAGCCGGCUUGUGUUAACUGCGCCGUGAGGGACGCCAUCAGGAUGCUGAGGGAGAGGAGUCGCCUGAUAGGACCGGCCAGCAAUGUUGUCCUCAUCAUUGCUCCUGGAAUGGACUACAAUACUGAUCAUCACACGAUUUCCCUCGAAGCGAAUUCAGCCAAAGUCCGGAUCGUCACGAUCAACUAUCCAGGUGUGAUCAGACGACAACCUCUGGACAUCUUGUCUGCGAAGACUGAUGGCUCAUCCUUCACGAUCAUGGAGAACAAGUACAAUGGCGAGAAGACCUUCUUGUCCACUUACUUCGAACUCACCAAUGUCCUCUUCCACAUCGCUACUCAGUACUAUGAGGGCAAUCCUGCUGAUCUCCCGGUUGAGAUCCACCGCAAAGAGCUCGUGGAUAUUGUUGAGGAUGCCAAUUCUGCCAAGAGAAUUAGCCGUCUCAUAACAGGAAGCUUCAUGCUAGACAACUCAAUGGGAGUGCCAUCGUCCUUCUUCGUCUACACGCACAACGUCGAACUGCCCUUAAUACAGGGCUUGAAGCUUAUCAGCCCAAAUGGUGUAGUUUAUUCCACAAAGAGUGACUCUCGAUUGUCCGUGAAGCAGCUGAUGAUUCCCGCCACGAUAAACGAGACAGGAACCUGGACCUACACAAUCGAGAGGUUCAACGGCAAUCCUCAACCGCACUAUGUUCAAGUCAUGGUGACUCCCAGGAAUGGACAGGCGCCUGUGAUCAGAGCCAGAACUUGGAUCAGGCGAAGUCCAGGAGGAGGACCAAUUCGUCUGUUUGCCGAGGUGAAGAAAGGACUCUUGCCAGUCCUGUCAGCCUCCGUAGAGGUCAGAAUCACCCGGCUCAGCGCUCAGUGCAAUGCCUCUGUGGAUUGCUUCAAGAGCUUCAAGCUGCUGGACACCGGCAGUGGCGAUCCUGACGUCACCCGCGGUGAUGGCAUCUACUCACGCUACUUCAGCAGCACUGAAAUGGGCAUUGGCACUUACAAGAUGGAAGUCACGGUCACUGAUAACGGCAACACGGCCUACUCACUGGCCGAUGAGGCCUUCGCGAGGAACAUGGAUGGAAAGGGUCAACCUUGCUGCGGCAGUGUUAUUCCAGUUCCAUCCAAGCAACCGCUGCCGCCGUUCCAGCGAGUUCUGCCCGCCAUCACAGUCUUCGUCACCAAAGAACAGUCCGAUCUCGAGAGCAAGGAGAUUUAUGGGAAGAUUGGAGAUCUGAGAGCUGAGGUUCUCGAGGGCAUGAAAGUCCGACUGAGCUGGACUUCGCCGGAUCUCGGAGGUCUCAAUGUGGCUCGAUAUGAGGUGAAGUACGCCACAUCCAUUGAUGAUAUUGUGAGCAACUACGAAACGGCGGCUAUUAUGUGGACACACGAUCAGCCAUUUGCCUUUUCGAUCGGAGAUGAGACGUCGUUCAUCCUCAACAUGACCACAGAACCUGAACUUAUUGGCCAGCCGCUGUAUUUUGCGAUCCGCGCUUACGCACAACUCUCCAAAGAUGCCCUCGCCAGUCAAGUGUCCAACUAUGUCCGUGUGUUCGUCUCGCGACCGAGUCUUCCAUCCACCGCUCCGCCUAACUACGCCACAGAUGGAAUCUACUCGUCCUGGCCAUUCGGGAAUGACAGCGAGAACUCGGACAAUUUCAUCCCACGCAUCGCCCAAAGCAUGAACAUUGGUCUGGAACUGAUUAUCCCCAUCAUCGGUGGGAUCAUCCUGCUGAUUGUGCUCAUCUUCAUCUACUGCUACUGCUCAGUGGCCAAGAGGAGAUCCGGAGGGGCUGAGAAGAAGAAGACGAUGAAGCAGAUGAAGAACGAGAGCAACCUGGUGAAUGUGAUUGUGCCGUCGCCGGUGCACCAGAAUCACCAGAACAAUCUGCACACGGAGAAGCCUCUGGACAACUCCAUGAUGCAGACCUACGAGGCGCUGCACGAUGUGCCGGAUCUGCACACUGUGGGAGUGCCCAUCUACAGUCUGGACGAUGAUCUCAGGGCCAAGAAUCGCUACUCGUUGGUUCACCAUCAGGAGCAGCAGUUGAUUGAGGAGCUGAAGCAGACGCAUCAUAUGCAGCGCGAGAUCCCAGUGACCCUGACAGGCACCUACGGACCGCCAGGACUCAGCAUUAUCUCCACUGGCAAUACACUCGGCCGCAACGGACGCACUCUCAGUCCCUACGAGUCUUGGACCGCUUCCCAGCUCCUCACUGAGCACGAGCGUCGCCACAGUCCGACUGAUGAUCUCCUCCUGGCCAAUGCAAACGGCAUGGAUGGUCACGUGGAUCACAUGCCGCCAAAUGACCAGAUGCUGCUGCUCAACAAUCACCACAACCGGUCAGACUGUGUCUCCCUGUCCGGCAGUCACAUGGCGCCCCCGGUGCCGCCGCUCCCCUACAGCACCGGCGACUACCAAACGCAGACCAACUACGUGAUCUACGGCCGAGGACAGAACCAGCCGCCGCCAAUGUAUUCAGUAGUGAAUCGUGGCAAUUCCUCGCCCGGAGCGGCGCCGCCGCAAUUCGGCGUCAACUCCUCGCUGCAAGGCUCUCUCAACUCUGUCAACUCCAGCGAGAAGAAGCGACGCAAUGUGACCAUGGUGUAGGCUCCGCGAGCGCCACGAACCAAUGUGACUAGUCAGCAAAUCCCUAAUCGAUAGGCAUUAAUGUGUACUCAGAUCCUAUGUGUAUCUCAUAAUUUUACUAUGUGUAUGUCGUAAGUUUCGAGGUAAUAAAUAGAUAUUAAACAGAAUGA